UGAUUAAUAAUAUAAGAAAAAUUACUUAUAAAUAUAGGACGGAAGAAAUUGAUUAAAAAGUGCAAAAUAAAUUAAAAGUAAAAAUAAAAGUACAAAAUAUUCUAUUUCUUAACAAUGUCUCAAAAACCUUUAGUCGUUGUUAGCGGAGCUACUGGUGCUCAGGGUGGAUCCGUUGUUAAUUCACUUCUUGCUACAGGACAUUACAAAAUUCGAGCAUUAACUCGUAACCCAAAUUCCGAUAAAGCAAAAGCAUUAAAAGCUAAAGGAGUUGAUGAAAUAGUUAAAUGUGAUUUCUCUUCUAACAAGGAGGAAAUUAUUAACGCUUUAAGCGGUGCUGAUAUUGCUUGGAUUGUUACUAAUUUCUGGGAUCCAACAAUCGUUGGUGCAAAACCUGAUGAAGAAGAAAGACAAGGUAAAUUGAUUGCCGAUGCCGCUAAAGAAGUAGGACUUAACUGGUUAAUCUACAGUUCUCUUCCUGACACUAUCAUUGAAUCUGACGGAAAAUAUCCCGAUAUUGUUCACUUUCAUGGUAAAAAUCGAGUGGAACGAUACAUCAGAUCAUUAGGAAUUCCAAAUACAACAUUUGUCUAUCUCAGUUACUACUACCAAAACAUAGGAGUUUUCUCACCUAUUAUCGAGAAGGAUAAUGAAGCUGUACUUGUUUUUCCUUAUAUAACAGAGAAUGAUACAAUUCCUAUGAUCGAUGUCGAUAGUGACACAGGUCCGAUUGUUGCAAAAAUUAUUGAGGAAGGGCCAGCUAAAUGGAACGGUAAAAAAGUUCCUGUUGCCGCCGAUAAUGUUUCUUUAAAAUAUGUGGUUGAUGUAUUAACCAAAGUUACGGGAAAAACUCAUAAAUUAAGAACUUUGACCGAUGAUGAUGUAAAAGAAUUUCCAGGCAUUGACAAUGAUGAAUUAAAACAAAUGCAUAAAUGGUUUUUAGAAUACGGACUAUUUGGAAAAGAUGAUGAAGUUAAAGAUAUUUCUAUAGCUAAGAAAUUACACCCAAAAAUUAGAUCCUUUGAGCAAUAUGCACUUGAAAAAUACUCAAAGGCUUAGGGUAGAAAUCAUUAUAUAUUGUUACUAUCUCUUGUAUUGUAUAUCUCUUGUAUUAUUCUUUCUUAAGAAAUCUAAAUAAAAUCAAUGAUCGAUAUAUUAUAAUAUCUC